UACUUCCUGCCCACGGUGAAGACCCUGCCAGGCCUCUUAGGCGAGGAGGCCACCAAUCUGCCCGCGCCGCCACAACGGAACCCCCUAAGCAACUUCUCCAUCAAACACCCUCUGAUAGAGAUUCAGUAAGGGCCUCAUCAUUUUAGAUGUUCUCAUCUUAUCCCAUUCAUUUGUGAUUGAGGCAUAUGACUGAUUCAGUACAACAUAUGGCAUGGGAUACGUUGAAGUAGUUGACGUUGGACUUGAUAUUCAUCAAUUUUGUUGAUUGUAGUCAUUACAACUGUUUGUGUCUUUGUGACUACAGGUGCUUAUCAUCUGCCAAUCUGCUAACAUGCCAAGAUUGACUUAGUAGCGAAAGUGACUUUGAGAUGAAAGUAAUUUUACUUAACCGCUAAUUGCUCGACCAUAAAGGGAUCGUUCUAGUAGUGGGGCUUCACUUUCAGUGCAGCUGGGAUACUUGUUUUGUUCAAAAGUGUGGGCCAGAUUGAGUGCAUGUUAAUGAUAUUGCUGUGCGUGUGUGUUGGUGUGCAUGCUUACGUUUGUGUGUGUUGCUCCUACAGGAACUCAGUGCACAGUCUGUUUUCCAAGCGGUCCUCCCUGGAGCGGAGUCGGAGUAUGUUCCAUUUGGAGGCGCCUCCUCCCUGGACCCCACUGAACCCCUCAAAGACCCCAUCCCAGGAAAGGCUUGGUACGUCCCACACACACCCCAGCUUCUGGAGAUGUUCUCCAAUACACUGGUGUUUUACACGGUGGCAUCCUUCUGCCCUCUGUUGGCAGCUCAUUGAAAUCAGAAGGAUCAGGUUUUCUCAUUGUCUGAUAACCAUGUACAGUAUAAUGCUGUCAUUGCUCUAGUAACAUUGUCAUUUUUUCUUGUCUAAACUAAAAGCAAUUUUCCUUGAUGACACUUUAGUGAUUUGUCACAGUCCAUAAUAACCACAGAGCCAUGGCCAACCUCCUCUAACCUCCAUGCCCUCUUACACUCUUAGAAAAAAGGGUUCCGAAAGGGUUCUUCGACUGUCACCAAAGAAGAACCCUUUUUGGUUCCAGGUAAAACCCUUUUUGGUUCCAGGUAAAACCCUUUUUGGUUCCAUGUAGAACGCUAUGUGGAAAGGGUUCUACACGGAACCCAAAAGGGUUCUACCUGGAACCAAAAAGGGUUCUUCUAAGAAUUCUCCCAUGGGGACAGCCGAAGAAACCUUUUAGGUUCUAGAUGGCACCUUUUUUUUCAAGAGUGUAUAGGCCCUAGGACUCCCGUUGACCCCCCGACCCCUACACCCCUGCUGCUGUUGGUGGAGCCCGGGGACCAGCUCUCCCCUGCAGAGGGCAGGUCGUUUUCAUUGCCGUCCCCAUCCCUGAGGAGCAGGAAGAAGACGAAGGGAAGCUGUGCCACCAUGCCUGCUGUGCUCCGGGAAGCUCCUUCAGAAAGCAUAGACAGGACGACCUGCCUCCUGCAGGAGAAGCACAUACUGGAUGAGGACGUCAAGGCCCAGAAGGUUAGAGCUAAGACCAAAGCUCGUCAAUAUCACACUAGUGAGCAGUCUUCUGAUAUCAGUAGCAGCUCCAUUAAAUUAAAUUGAAUUUGUAUUCCCACCCUGCCCCUGCAUCCUAUCCUCUUAUUUCUCCCCUUCCCCAUCAAGGAGCUGGUGUGGCUCCUCCACAAGGCCCUGGAGGUGGCUCAGCUGGAGAAGCGGACAUGCACGGAGUUCCUGGCAGCUGAGGGCGAGCAGGAGCGCCUGGAGCUACUGAGGCACCACGAGCGUCACGCCGCUGACCUACGAGGUCGCUUGGAGGAGCUGAAGGCUGAGGGGGAAGACCUGAGAACGAGCCUAGCCCAGAGGGACGCCCACGUGGCCGAGCUGCAGGAGAACUUGACGCUGAUGAUGGAGAAAAACCACGCCAAACAGGAAGUGAGGCUCAGACAGGAAGGGUCAGAUAGGGAAGGAUUAGAAUAGGCAUGUUAUCAUCAUUAUCCUGAAAGGAUUGGAUAGGUGGUUUUAAGCAUUAUGGCGAAAUUCCAAGUAACCAAUCAGAACGCAAAGUAGGGGUAGAGCUAGGGGUUGAUUUGGAAUUGGAGGGUCUAUUCUAUUCUAAUUUGCUCCCAGUGUAGCUGUAUACUUCCUGAUCUAAUCUGGAGAUUUACGAUAUCAUUGUCUCUUAUCAUUGUCUCUUGGUAUCAUUCCAGGUGAUCCUGAAGUUGUUAGAGAAGGUGACAGCCUGCAUGGCCGACCCUACACGCACGGUGUCCACCACCAACGGCCUGGAUGCCCAGACCUUCCGCCAGUUGCAAGAGGACACCAAGAACCUCAAGGUUGGUUUGUAAUUUGCUCGGUCGACCAUCAGAGACGGAGUCAAGACUGAAGUCCGGCCUCAAGACCCAGACCAGAGCCAUAGAGUCUUCUGAAGUAGAUUAUAUUGGUAGUCCAAAUAUGAAGCAUUUUUCCUUUGCUUCUUUAUAUACCCUUUACCUUGUCCUUCCUUGCUCUCUAUCAAUCCUUUUCUCACACAGGAUGACAUUGAGGCCUACAACAUCCAGAACAAGUUCCUGAACUCUGAGAUCUACCAGUUGACCAAGCUAUGGCGCAACAGUUCCGAGCAGGAGAAAAGCCUUAUGGUGAAGGUGGGCCAGCCUAACCACUGUGUGCUAUUCAGUGGCAAAUACAAACUCAAUGUCCUCUGACACUUCCUCCUUCUCCAUCUUCGAUUCUGUGGUGGUAUCAGACAAAUAAAAGGGGAAGGAGUUUAGAGUGGAUUGCGGUGUUUGUGAAACACUCUAGGCCACUAUAGUUGAUUGAAUUGGGACCUCAGUCUUGGUCUUUUAGUGGGUGCUUAUUUUGUGUUGCAGUGUGCAUACCUGGAGGCCCGUAACUGUCAGAUAGAGAGUCGUUACCUGGCCGUACUGAGGAAGCUGCAGGAGAACAAGGCUCUAGAAUCGGGACAGCGGGAGGCUGUGAGGAAAAUCAUAGGGGACGCACUACAGGGGGACCUGAACGACGUGCUCAAACUCAACCCUGUCAGGUAAUAAUCUAAAAUGGCUUCCUUCUUUGUCUCCUUGUCUCUUCUGCUUCACUACACUGACAGAUGACAGGACUGGAUCGUUUUUCACCAUGCUGCUUUCAGCUGUCAUGUCCUGCCAUAUCAGUGAUAAUUAACAAUGAGACAUAAGAGAGAGACACAUGUAAUAAACAAUACAUUAAAUCUUCAAUACAGUCAGACAAUGAGCGAACAUUUUUAAAUCAUCAAAACCAUUGGUCUGUUUCUUCAGGGAGCACGACGAGUACGGCUUCAAGAUCAUUCCGGACUACGAGGUGGAGGACAUGAAACUGCUGGCCAAGAUCCAGGCCCUGGAAAUCCGCUCUCACAGCCUGCUGAGGCAGGAGGCCGGGGACAGACUCCUGCUGGACCGCUGGGCUCAUUACCUGGGGGGCCGCCUGGCCGACAACCUCUGCCCCUCUUCGGAGCUCAAAAGCCUUCUGCGGGGCGGCGUGCCGUGCGAGUACCGCGCGCGGGUGUGGCGCUGGGUGGUGAGGGUGCGCACACGCGCACUAUGGGAGCGCCACCCGGAUCGCUACGAGCAGGUGGGUGGUAGUGGAUUAGGCGAGUUCACUUCCUUACAAUGUAGCUCUCAAUUUCCCAAUCUACUGUGCGUCUCAAUCUACAGUGCAUUCAGAAAGUAUUCAGACCCCUUUUUACCACAUUUUGUUACGUUACAGCCUUAUUCUAAACUGGAUUAAAUAAAAAAAUACAUAUCCAAUUGGUAGUUACAGUCUUGUUCCAUCGCUGCAACUCCCGUAUGGACUCGGAAGAGGUGAAGGUCGAGAGCCAUGCAUCCUCCGAAACACGACUCUGCCAAGCCGCUCUGCUUCUUGACACACUGCUCGCUUAACCCGGACGCCAGCCGCACCAAUGUGUCGGAGAAAACACCGUACAACUGCCGACUCAAGUCAGCGUGCAUGCGCCCGGCCCGCCACAAGGAGUCGCUAGAGCGCGAUGGGACAAGGACAUCCCGGCCAGCCAAACCCUCCCCAAACCCGGACGACGCUGGGCCAAUUGUGUGCCGCCUCAUGGGUCUCCCGGUCGCGGACGGCUGCGACACAGCCUGGGAUUGAACCCGGGUCUGUAGUGACGCCUCUAGCACUGCGAUGCAGUGCCUUAUACUGAUGCGCCACUUGGGAGGCUCAUCCUCAUCAAUCUACACACAAUACCGCAUAAUGACAAAGUGAAAAUAGGUUGUUAGAAAUUUUUGCAAAUGUAUAACAAAUAAAAAACAGAAAUACUUUAUUUACAUAAGUAUUCAGACCCUUUGCUAUGAGACUCGAAAUUGAGCUCAGGUGCAUGCUGUUUCCAUUGAUCAACCUUGAGAUGUUUCUACAACUUGAUUGGAGUCCUCCUGUGGUAAAUUAAAUUGAUUGGACAUGAUUUGGAAAGGCACACACCUGUCUAUAUAAGGUCCCGUAGUUGUGUAUGGCGCCGGAGAAGAUGGCUGCCGUUUUACAGCCCUCUAACCAAUUGUACUAUUAUGUGUGUUUUUUCGCGUUAUUUGUAAUUUUUUCUGUACAUAAUGUUUCUGCCACCGUCUCUUAUGACCAAAAAGAGCUUCUGGAUAUCAGGACAGCGAUUACUCACCUCGUAUUGGACGAAGAUUUUUUCUUCAACGAGUCGGACGCGAAGGAUAUUCUACAGACACCCAAACAAGGCCCAAAUCCCCGUCAUUCGCAUGAGAAAGAGACGGAGAUAUCGUGGACGUAGGUCGGGGUGCCUUGUAAGGAUCCGACGGCGAGCGAGUAAACUGCCUCUUCCAUCAAUCCUAUUAGCCAAUGUUCAAUCAUUUGAAAACAAAUUGGAUGACUUAAGACUAAGGUUAUCCUACCAACGGGACAUUAAAAAACUGUAAUAUCUUAUGUUUCACCGAGUCGUGGCUGAACGACGACAUGAAUAACAUACAGCUAGCGGGCUAUACGCUACAUCGGCAGGAUAGAACGGCUGACUCCGGUAAGACAAGGGGUGGCGGUCUGUGUAUAUUUGUAAACAACAGCUGGUGCACAAAAUCUAAUACUAAGGAAGUCUCGAGGUUUUGCUCGCCUGAGGUAGAGUAUAUUAUGAUAAGCUGUAGACCACACUAUUUACCAAGAUACUUUUCAUCUAUAUUUUUUGUAGCUGUCUACCACCACAAACCGAUUCUGGCACUAAGAUUGCCCUCAAUGCGCUGUAUAAGGCCAUAAGCAAACAGGAAAAUGCUCAUCCAGAGGCAGCGCUCCUUGUGGCCGGGGACUUUAAUGCAGGGAAACUUAAAUCCGUUCUACCUAAUUUCUAUCAGCAGGUUAAAUGUGCAACCAGAGGGAAAAAAACUCAAGACCACCUUUACUCCACACACAGAGAUGCAUACAAAGCUCUCCCUCACCCUCUAUUUGGCAAAUCUGACCAUAACUCUAUCCUCCUGAUUCCUGCUUAUAAGCAAAAUCUAAAGCAGGAAGCACCAGUGACUCGGUUAAUAAAAAAGUGGUCAGAUGAUGCUAAGCUACAGGACUGUUUUGCUAGCACAGACUGGAAUAUGUUCUGGGAUUCUUCAGAUAGCAUUGAGGAGUACACCACAUCAGUCACUGGCUUCAUCAAUAAGUGCAUCGAUGACGUCGUCAUACAUACAUACCCCAACCAGAAGCCAUGGAUUAAAGGCAACAUCCGCACUGAUCUAAAGGGUAGAGCUGCCGCUUUCAAGGAGCGGGACUCUAACCCCGGAAGCUUAUAAGAAAUCCCGCUAUGCCCUCCGACGAACCAUCAAACAGGCAAAGUGUCAAUACAGGACUAAGAUUGAAUCGUACUACACCGGCUCUGACGGUCGUCGGAUGUGGCAGGGCUUGAAAACUAUUACAGACUACAAAGGGAAGCACAGCCGCUAACUGCCCAGUGACACAAGCCUACCAGACGAGCUAAAUCACUUCAAUGCUCGCUUUGAGGCAAGUAACACUGAAGCAUGCAUGAGAGCACCAGCUGUUCCGGAUGACAAUGUGAUCACGCUCUCCGUAGCCGAUGUGAGUAAGACUUUUAAGCAGGUCAACAUUCACAAGGCCGCAGGGCCAGACGGAUUACCAGGACGUGAACUCCGAGCAUGUGCUGACCAACUGGCAAGUGUCUUCACUGACAUUUUCAGCAUGUCCCUGACUGAGUCUGUAAUACCAACAUGUUUCAAGCAAACCACCAUAGUCCCUGUGCCAAAGGACACUAAGAUAACCUGCCUAAAUGACUACCGACCUGUAGCACUCAAGUCUGUAGCCAUGAAGUGCUUUGAAAGGCUGGUCAUGGCUCACAUCAACACCAUUAUUCCAGAAACCCUAGACCCACUCCAAUUUGCAUACCGCCCCAACAGAUCCACAGAUGAUGCAAUCACUAUUGCACUCCACACUGUCAUUUCCCAUCUGGACAAGAGGAACACCUACGUGAGAAUGCUAUUCAUUGACUACAGCUCAGCGUUCAACACCAUAGUGCCCUCAAAGCUCAUCACAAAGCUAAGGAUCCUGGGACUAAACACCUCCCUCUGCAACUGGAUCUUGGACUUCCUGACGGGCCGCCCCUAGGUGGUAAGGGUAGGUAACAACACGUCUGCCACGCUGAUCCUCAACACGGGGGCCCCUCAGGGGUGCGUGCUCAGUCCCCUCCUGUACUCCCUGUUCACCCAUGACUGCAUGGCCAGGCACGACUCCAACACCAUCAUUAAGUUUGCCGACGACACAACAGUGGUAGGCCUGAUCACCGACAACGAUGAGACAGCCUAUAGGGAGGAGGUCAGAGACCUGGCCGUGUGGUGCCAGGAUAACAACCUCUCCCUCAGCGUGAUCAAGACAAAGGAGAUGAUUGUGGACUACAGGAAAAAAAAAGAGGACUGAGCUUGCCCCCAUUCUCAUCGACGGGGCUGUAGUGGAACAGUUUGAGAGCUUCAAGUUCCUUGGUGUCCACAUCACCAACGAACUAUCAUGGUCCAAACACACCAAGACAGUCGUGAAGAGGGCACGACAAAACCUAUUUCCCCUCAGGAGACUGAAAAGAUUUGGCAUGGGUCCUCAGAUCCUCAAAAAGUUAUACAGCUGCACCAUCGAGAGCAUCCUGACUGGUUGCAUCACCGCUUGGUAUGGCAACUGCUCGGCCUCCGACCGCAAGGCACUACAGAGGGUAGUGCAUACAGCCCAGUACAUCACUGGGGCCAAGCUUCCUGCCAUCCAGGACCUCUAUACCAGGCGGUGUUAGAGGAAGGCCCUAAAAAUUGUCAAAGACUCAAGCCACCCUAGUCAUAGACUGUUCUCUCUGCUACCGCAUGGCAAGCGGUAUAGGAGCGCCAAGUCUAGGUCCAAAAGGCUUCUCAACAGCUUCUACCCCCAAGCCAUAAGACUCCUGAACAGCUAAUCAUGGCUACCGGGACUAUUUGCACUGCCCCCCACCCCACCCCAUCCCCCUCUUUUACGCUGCUGCUACUCUGUUUACUAUUUAUUCAUAGUCACUUUAACUCUACCCACAUGUACAUAUGACCUCAAUUACCUCGACUAGCCGGUGCCCCCGCACAUUGACUCUGUACCGGUACCCCCUGUAUAUAGCCUCCCUACUGUUAUUUUAAUUUACUGCUGCUCUUUAGCUAUUUGCUUUUUUACAUUUUUUUAUUAACACUUUUAUUUUACAUUUUUCUUUUAAAAAACUGCAUUGUUGGUUAAGGGCUUGUAAGUAAGCAUUUCACUGUAAUGUCUACACCUGCUGUAUUUGGCGCAUGUGGCAAAUACAUUUUGAUUUUAUUUGAUUUUGACAGUGCAUGUCAGAGCAAAAACCAAGCCAUGAGGUCGAAUGAAUUGUCUGUAGAGCUCUGAGACAGGAUUGUGUCGAGGCACAGAUCUGGGGAAGGGUACCAACACAUUUCUGCAGCAUUAAAGUCCCCAAGAACACAGUGGCCUCCAUUCUUAAAUGGAAGAAGUUUGGAACCACCAAGACUCUUCCUAGAGCUGGCCGCCCGGCCAAACUGAGCAAUCGGGGGAGAAGGGCCUUGGUCAGAGAGGUGACCAAGAACUCGAUGGUCACUCUGACAGAGCUCCAGAGUUCCUCUGUGGAGAUGGGAGAACCUUCCAGAAGGACAACCAUCCCUGCAGCACUCCACCAAUCAGACCUUCAUGGUAGAGUGGCGAGACGGAAGCCACUCCUCAGUAAAAGGCACAUGACAGCCCUCUUGGAGUUUACCAAAAUGCACCUAAAGGACUCUCAGACCAUCAGAAACAAGAUUCUCUGGUCUGAUGAAACCAAAAUGGAAGUCUGGCCUGAAUGCCAAGUGUCACGUCUGGAGGAAACCUGCCACCAUCCCUACGGUGAAACAUGGUGGUGGCAGCAUCAUGCUGUGGGGAUGUUUUUCAGCAGCAGGGACUGGGAGACUAGUCAGGAUCGAGGGUAAAGAUGAACGGAGCAAAGUACAGAGAGAUCCUUGAUGAAAACCUGCUCAGCAGCUCAGACUGGGGUGAAGGUUCACCUUCCAACAGGACAACAACCCUACGCACACAGCCAAGACAACGCAGGGAUGGCUUCAGGACAAGUCUCUGAAUGUCCUUGAGUGGCCCAGCCAGAGCCUGGACAUGAACCCGAUCCAACAUCUCUGGAGAGACCUGAAAAUAGCUGUGCAGUGACGCUCCCCAUCCAACCUGACAGAACUUGAGAGGAUCUGCAGAGAAUGGGAGAAACUCCCCAAAUACAGGUGUGCCAAGCUUGUAGCGUCAUACCCAAGAAGACUCGAGUCUGUAAUCGCUGCCAAAGACGCUUCAACAAAGUACUGAGUAAAGGGUCUGAAUACUUAUGUAAAUCUUAUAUUUACAUUUGAUAUUUUUAAUACAUUUGCAAACAUGUCUAAAAACCUGUUUUUGCUUGGUCGUUAUGGGGUAUUGUGUGUAGAUUGAUGAGGAUUUAUAUAUUUAAAAAAUCCAUUUCAGAAUAAGGCUGUAACGUAACAAAAUGUGGAAAAAUUCAACGGGUCUGAAUACUUUCCGAAUACACUGUAUAUCUAUGUCUGUCUGUCCGUCUUUCCAUCCACCUACAUGAAAUCCAUCCGUUAUUGUUGUAGCUGUGCCAGAAGAGCCUUACGUCGCCCCACCAGGCCUCCAGACAGAUCCAGUUGGACCUGUACCGCACUCUCACCACCAAUCAGCACUUCUCCUCACCCUCCAGCCCCGCCCUGCAGCAGCUCCAACGAAUCCUGCUGGCCUUCUCCUGGCAAAACCCCACCAUCGGCUACUGCCAGGGCCUCAACAGGUGCACAAGACUCCCUAAAUUCGUCAGCAGUGUGGUCAAUAAAAUAUAAAAUACAGCGAAAUACUGCCACCUAAUAGACAAAGCAGUACACUGAUAUAUAGUGGCGACUCCGAAACAAUACCUACACAAUGUUCUCAGCUUAUGAAAGCCUGAUGAAGACAAUUAUAUUUUUGUGAAAAUAGAUUUGUCUUGUCUAAAGCAUUUUCCUCUGACUAUAACAGGCUUUAGAUAUACCAUACAAGCUUUCACAGACUUCAAAACAAUCUAUAGAAUAUGGGGUGCUGUGUGGCUUAGUUGGUAGAGCAUGGUGCUUGCAACACCAUAAUUGUGGGUUCGAUUCCCACGGAAGACCAGUACUGUAAAACAUUUUUUAAAUGUAUGCUCUGGAUAAGAGCGUCUGCUAAAUGACUAAAAAUGUCCAAUUAAUGUCAAAGAACAACUAUGACAUUGGCCUCUCCCUUCAGGCUGGCAGCCAUAGCUCUCCUGGUGCUGGAGAGUGAGGAGGAUGCCUUCUGGUGUCUAGUAGCUGUGGUGGAGGCUGUCAUGCCCCAGGACUACUACACCAAAACACUCAUAUCCUCGCAGGUAAUGAUUCGGCUCGAAGGACCAACCUUUUGAAAAUAUAUGGUUUUAAACAACUAUAGAUGCAUAACAUAAAUAGUACUUGUUACUUUGUAAUAACAAUUGUGCAACAUCAUGGAAGUUGUGGAUUUAGUUUAACUGAUUUAGUCCGUUUUAGUUCUGCAUCUGUUCCAAAACAUGGAACUGAUACUGAAAUAGCGCAUACAUUUAAUGAACGACGUACUGAAUUCAAGAUUUCUCAUAUCAUGUCAAUAUCUGUUAACGCCAUCUGCUGAUGUGACCCAAUGUGACAUGGUGUAUGUGUGGAUGUUGCAGGCAGACCAGUGUGUUCUAAAGGACUUCAUGGCUGAGAAGAUACCCCGGUUGGCGGCUCACUUUGAGGAGCACAGCGUGGACGUGUCCCUCAUCACAUUCAACUGGUUCCUGGUGGUGUUCGUAGAGAGCCUGCCCAGCGAUAUCCUCCUGCGAGUGUGGGACGCCUUCCUCUACGAGGGCACUAAGGUACCAUGCCUGAGAGAGACUAGAGCCAGGGGUAUUCAAAUUUGGGCCUCAAUGACUGACCUGGUGUAAAAUUAUUAUUAUUAGUAGUAAAUAAACCACGUCUAAUGUAAACAUGCGUGCAUGUUUUUUGUGCAGGUGAUAUUUCGGUAUGCCCUGGCUCUGUUCAAGUACAAAGAGGAGGACAUCUUGAAGAUCCAUGACAGCGUGGAGAUCUACCAAUACCUGCGCUUCUUCACCAAGACCAUCGCUGACGGCAGGUGAGGGGCCACAAAAAUCAUCUAAGGUCAAAAUAUGGAGGCAGUGUUAUGAAAAAAUAGCACUAUAUUAGGUCAGUGUUUCUCUAGUGGGACAGGAACCACUAUAGCAGAGAUCUUAAACUCCUGGAGGACUGGUGUGCAUGUUUUUGUUACAGCCCAGCACUAACACACCCCUAAGUGGUUUUUGCACCAUUCCACCAAAUCACAUUUAGCUUGUCAUUUGUAACCUGUUCAACUGUUGUAUUAUCUAAAUGGUUUGGGGUUUUUGUCCUGUACCUACUGAGCCCAUUGUUUUUCUGGUGCCCUAUUUAGUCGGUGUGUUAAUGGCGGAGCAGACGGAGGAGCUAUUUUUGCCGUAGGCCAAGACAGACAUCACCAUAUAUAAUUCAGAUAGCAGCAGUGACGGCAGAGCUAUGGGCUCAACACAUAUGGGAGAUAACAAGAGGCUAUACAGCCAGAGGAGUGCAUUGAGGGCAGUAUUCACCACUGUCUGUCUAUUAUCUCCAAACAAAGAGCAGAUGAGAUACCAGGGCUAUGUUUACACAGGCAGCCCAAUUGAUCUUUUUUUCAUUAAGUGGUCUUUUGAUGUGAAAAGAUCGGAUGUGAUUAGUGGAAAAAAUAUCAGAAUUGGGCUGCAACACAGCCAGGAUGACUUACUCGGCAUCAUUUUAUCUGAAACUCCUGUCUGACCAAUGCAUACAUGUCCAACCACACACAGAGAUGGAGCUAUUGCUCCUGUAAGUCGCUCUGAGCGUCUGCUAAAUGACUAAAAUGUCAAUGAGCUAGAUCUAGGGUUAGGACAAUACAGCUUGUUACCAUGCAGCCUGCAGACUUAAAUUCUACUGUAUGGAAAUAAGCAGGUUGAGUAAUAUUGGGCUCGCCUUACCCUUCUCCCUCCAAUAGGAAGCUGACUAAUAUUGCCUUCAGUGACAUGAACCCGUUCCCCAUGAAGCUGUUGAGGAACCGGCGUGCACUGCAUCUGGAGCGCCUGCAGGGGGAGCUCAAAGAGCUGGAGGCCCAGCAGAGGGAGUUUGUCACCGAGAGCGCCGAGCGUAAGGACAAGGACCUGGACACUAUACUGGUCAGCGAGGACGAUGAGGAGCUG